GGACAUGUAAAAUUUAUUACCUUGAUCAAUAUCUUUGCCUACUAUUACUAGAAUCAAUCCUACUUCUGGCCCUACUACUGGCAGCCUACCAGUAACGUUUACUGGCACUUAUAUCACCAUUAACUGGAGCAGAGCGACAAUCUGUCACAGCUAUCGCUCCCAUUAUUUCUUCAUUCUUUAACCGACCGUCCAGUGCCAGACUGGAAAACCGUUACAGUCGGCAGCAUAAAGCUCCUCUACAUCACCAGCAUUAUCUUAGUAGUACUUCUGCCAGCAACUUCACUAUCCUUUCCAACAUUCAAGUUGUCCCAAUCGCGCCAGCAGCUAUGGCAGGAGCUACAUCCGUCAGUGCGUCUAAUGGAAGUAGCACCAGUGGUAGUCUACCAGGCUCCACUAACAAAGUUCUUCCUCCUCUUAUUAUCUCUGUGAAACCUGAUAGCGGCCCUACUCCAGGCGGAAACACUGUAUCUAUCAUCGGCCUUGGCUUCACAAAUGCUACAGCUGUAGCUUUUGGCCCAACCCCCGCCACCUCCUUCACUGUGGCCUCCUAUGAAACAAUAAACGCUGUUGUUCCACCAGGACCUAGAGGCGACGGCACUGUCUCUGUCCGUGUCACUGGAUCUCAGGGUAUCAGUAAUACCAUGUCAUACACCUAUAAAGCUCAUCCUGUUAUCGACAAUGCGACUCCUAAUAAUGGCCCUCCUACAGGCGGAAACACUGUUAUCAUUACUGGCUCUGGUUUUGCCAAUGCUACUUCAGUGACUUUUGGAUCAAUUUCAGCCACAUACUUUACCAGGGUCUCUGACACACAAAUAGAUGCUAUUGUUCCACCAGGAUCUAGUAGCAGCACUGUCUCUGUCCAUGUCAAUGGACCUGGUGGUAUUAGUAAUAGCAUACCAUAUAUUUACGCUAUUCCUGUUAUCAACGCUAUAAGUCCCACUAGUGGCCGUGUUGCGGGUGGAAACACUGUUGUUAUUACUGGCCGUGGGUUGCUAGAUGUCACGUCUGUGACAUUUGGUUCAAAUCAUGCCUCUUUCACUAUUGUUUCUGACACAUUGAUAGACGCUGUUGCUCCACCAAGACUUAAUGGUAUAGGCACUGUCUCUGUCUAUGUUACUGGGCCUGGUGGUAUCACUAGUAAUGGCAUACCAUACAGCUACAAUCAAAUUGGUCCUGUUAUUGGUACUAUAAGCCCUACUAGUGGCCCUAUUGCAGGUGGAAACACUGUUGUUAUUACUGGCUUUGGUUUCACAAAUAUCACAGCUGUGACUUUUGGUUCGAAUCCUCAGAUUCCUACCCCUUUCACUAUUGUCUCUAGCACAGUGAUCAAUGCUGUUGUUCCACCAGGACCUAGUGGUGGAGGCACUAUCCCUGUCUAUGUUAUUGGUUCUAUAAGCCCUACUAGUGGCCCUGUUGCAGGUGGAAACACUACUGUUAUUACUAGCUCUGGUUUUACAAAUGCUACAGCUAUGACUUUUAAUUUAACUUCUACCUCUUUCACUAUUACCUCUAAUACAGUGAUCAAUGCUAUUGUUCCACCAGGACCUAGUGGUGGAGGCACUGUCUCUGUACAUGUUACUGGGUCUAGUGGUACCGGUACGGUUACAUAUACCUAUACUCUAGCUCCUAUUGUCACCAGGCUUACUCCAGCGGCUGGGCCGAUAGCAGGUGGGAAUACGGUCACCAUCACAGGCUCAAACUUCAGCAAUGCCACAGCAGUUACAUUUGAUGGUAUUCUAGCCAGUUCUUUUGCCAUUUUACAGCCCACUCAGAUAGUUGCUGUUGCUCCGCCGACUACUGCUGUCAAGGUUGCCUCUGUGGUAGUCACAACGCCUGGUGGUUCUAGCACUCCUGGCCCAGGGUCUGAGUAUGGUUAUACAACUGCACCUUCCACUAUAAGUGUGAGUCCUGCUUUGGGCAGCACGGCUGGUGGAGACACUGUUACCAUCAUCAGCAGUGGCUUCAGAGGUACCACCAGUGUGGAUUUUGGAACCACCUCUGCAACAAGCUUCACUGUUUUCAGUAAUACGGAGAUAAAUGCCAUCACACCAGCACACUCCAUUGGCACAGUCCCAAUUGUUAUUACCAGCUCAGGUGGCACAAACAGCACACUUAGUUUCAGCUUUGUGAUGCCACCAGUUCUUACCUUAAUUGCGCCAACUUCCAGAUCGGCCGCAGGGGGCACGGUGGUGUCCAUCACCGGGCAAAAUUUGGCAAGUUCCCUUAAUGUGAAUUUUGGGCACACUGCAGUAGUGCCUACGUCCAUCAUUGACGACAACACAGUAACUGCAAUAAGCCCUGCUGGAACGGCGGGUGUUAUUGCUGUGACAGUUACUACAGCUGCUGGCACAAGCAACGGCCUCCCAUUCAUCUAUGUCAUGUAAUUAGGAUUGAGAAACACACGCACUGUACGUGCAUCGUAUUGAAAAUAAAA